AUGCCGCCGUGGGGCGCCGCCCUCGCCCUGCUUCUGGCCGCGCUCGCCCUGCUCGGCCUGCUCGCCCCGCGGCUGCGGCGCGCCGUCGGAGCGAGGACUCUGCCCGGGCCUCGCGGCCGGGACCACGAGGAGGAGGUGGACGGCAGAGGCGCCGCGGACGAGUUCAGCGACGGGCGUGAGCCGCUGCCCGGAGGGUGCAGGCUCAUCUGUAAGCCGUCGGCGCUGGCCCAGUGCCUGCUGAGCGCCUUACGACAUUCAGCAGCUCUGGAGCCGCGCCCGCGUUCCUGGCUCUCCGGGCCCCACCUGCAGACCCUCUGCCACUUUGUGCUGCCGGUGGGGCCGGGGCCUGAGCUGGCCCGAGAGUACCUGCAGUUGGCGGACGACGGGCUGGUGGCCCUAGACUGGGUCGUGGGACCUUGCCCCCGGGGUCGGCGGGUCACCAACGCCGGGGGCCUUCCCGCGGUGCUGCUGGUGAUCCCCAAUGCAUGGGGGCGCCUCACUCGCAACGUGCUCGGCCUCUGCCUGCUCGCCCUGGAGCGCGGCUACUACCCGGUCAUCUUCCACCGCCGCGGCCACCACGGCUGCCCGCUGGUCAGUCCCCGGCUGCAGCCUUUCGGGGACCCGUCCGACCUCAAGGAGGCGGUCACUUACAUCCGCUUCCGACACCCGGCGGCCCCUCUGUUCGCGGUGAGCGAGGGCUCAGGCUCAGCGCUCCUGCUCUCCUACCUGGGCGAGUGCGGCUCCUCCAGCUAUGUGACCGGCGCCGCCUGCAUCUCGCCGGUGCUACGCUGCCGCGAGUGGUUUGAGGCCGGCCUGCCCUGGCCCUACGAGCGGGGCUUUCUGCUCCACCAGAAGAUCACCCUCAGCAGGUACGCCUCGGCCCUGCAGGACACAGUGGACACCCACAAACUGUUCAGGAGCCGCUCCCUGAGAGAGUUUGAGGAGACCCUCUUCUGCCACACCAAGAGUUUCCCCAUCAGCUGGGACACCUAUUGGGACCACAACGACCCCCUCCGGGAUGUGGACGAGGCCGCCGUGCCCGUGUUGUGUAUCUGUAGUGCUGAUGACCCCGUGUGUGGGCCCCCAGACCACUUUCUGCCCACCGAACUCUUUCACAGCAACCCCUACUUCUUCCUCCUGCUCAGUCACCACGGAGGCCACUGUGGCUUCCUGCGCCAGGAGCCCUUGCCAGCCUGGAGCCAUGAGGUCAUCUUGGAGUACUUCCGGGCCUUGACUGAGUUCUUCCGAACGGAAGAGAGGAUGAAGGGGCUGAGCAGGCGCCGAGCUUCAUUCCUAGGGGGCCGCCGUCGCUGGGGAACCCUGCAGAAGCGGGAGGUCUCUCCCUCUUCCCAUCUGGAGGAGAUCUUUAGCUGGAAGCGAUCGUACACAAGGUGAGACCUGGCCCAGGAACGUCCCUAGUCCUGCACAGAAGAGCAGGGCUGGGCACGCCAGAGUCCUGAAAAGGUAGUGAGGACUGAAGGCGGCAGGCGGUCCCAGCUCUUGAUCACUGAUUCAGCCCCUUCUCUCUUGAACUGCUCCGUGGGAAGAGAUGGGACUUCCAGCAAGCUGGUGCUCACUUUACCCGGAGAACACUCCCGCCCCAGGCUUUGCUCAACACAUCCUGGCUCUUCCUGGUCAGCAGCUGGGCUGUCACUGUCACUGUCUCCUGUCAUCAACCUCCUAAACCAAAGAAUAGCACCAUUUAAGCCAUGGAUUCAGGAGAAAAUACUCUCUCACUCAAAAGGACUACAGAGAAAAUGGGUUUAUGUAUGUCAUCAGGGAGCUGUGUCCCACAUAAAUAAUCGGCUCUGUGACCCUGA